AUGCAGCUAGUCUACGCAAAGCAGAUAGGCUGCAAGGGAGCCUGCCCGGCUCUCAGGGUAGCCUCGCGAUGGCCAACCCGUAUAUCCAGACCAAGUUUAACACAGUUGCCAGUCGCACCAGCAGCCUCGCUUCAGAGGUGGUACGCCGUCAACCUCAACUCGUUAGACGGUAAAUGGAGGAAAAUAUGGAGCGAAGCUAAUGAAGCCGGCCUCGAACAACCAAACAACCCAAAGGCCAGCGACCGCAAGACCAACUAUGUCUUGCCAAUGUUCCCCUACCCUUCGGGUAGCCUGCAUCUGGGCCACCUGCGAGUGUACAGCAUUGCCGACACCGUCGCCAGGUAUCACAGACUAAAAGGAGAUGAUGUUCUCCUGCCGAUGGGCUGGGAUGCCUUUGGCCUGCCUGCUGAAAAUGCGGCACUCGAACGUGGAAUAGAUCCUGCGGUGUGGACGCGGAGCAAUAUCAAGAAGAUGAAGGAGCAGCUUGGCUCCAUGAACGGUAGCUGGGACUGGAGUCGCGAAUUGACGGCUUGCGACCCCGAAUUUUACAAACACACCCAGAAACUUUUCCUAAUGCUGCACGAACGGGGACUCGCGUACCAGGCGGAGGCCGAAGUCAACUACGAUCCCGUGGACAAGACUGUGCUGGCGAACGAGCAAGUCGACGCAAAUGGAUGCUCUUGGAGGUCAGGAGCCAAGGUAGAAAAACGCAAGCUAAAGCAAUGGUUCUUUCGCACUUCCGAGUACCGCGAGGCUCUAUUGCGAGAUCUAGAUGAACUCGCCACGAACAAUGCUUGGCCUGAGCGCGUCAUCUCGCAGCAGAAGAAUUGGUUAGGAAAGUCGACUGGCGCCUUGGUCAAGUUCCCAAUCAUGGUCAUGGGGGGUGUCAACGUUGGCAGCGCCAUAGAGGUCUUCACAACUCGACCAGACACACUUUUUGGUGUUCAGUACGUUGCUCUUGCUGCCUCUCAUCCGGUUGUCGCCGAGUUGGCAAAGAAGGACGCUGAGCUACAAGCCUUCUUGGACACUCUACCCGGGCUACCCCCUGACUCGAAAGUUGGCUACCUCCUGCCGCAUCUGCGAGCCAUCAACCCUCUUGCUUAUCACGACGAGACCCCUGACGCCACCAAGGCUUCUCUGCCCAUCUAUGUUGCCCCAUAUGUACUUGGAGAUUAUGGUGAAGGCGCCGUUAUGGGUGUUCCUGGCCACGACCAGCGAGAUCAUUCAUUCUGGAAAACACACCAAGAGGACCAACCAGUGCGUAUUGUUCUCGCAGCAUCAGAAGACGAAAGCACUACGACUCUACCAAUGAGUGAGCCUUACCUCGAGCAUGGUGUCAUGACGCACCACAGUGGCGCUUUUAAGGGAAAGCACUCGGUGGAGGCUGGGCAGAUUAUGGUCCGUAUGCUCGAGGCUGCUCAUCUCGCGAAAUCGGUCGAGAAGUGGCGCUUGCGAGACUGGCUCAUUAGUCGGCAAAGAUACUGGGGGACUCCUAUUCCCAUUAUUCAUUGUGCUUCUUGCGGUGCUGUCCCGGUCCCCGAUGAGGAUUUGCCCGUUAGACUGCCCAAUGUUGAAAAGCAUUGGGCGAAGGGCAAGACUGGAAAUGCGCUGGAAUCGUCACCUGAAUUUGUCAAUACAUCUUGCCCCAAGUGCAAGGGACCAGCCCGCCGAGACACCGACACCAUGGACACGUUUGUGGACUCUAGUUGGUAUUUCGCCAGGUUCAUUGACCCUCACAACACCCAACAGCUCUUUUCACCCAAAGCCAGCAAAAUGCUGCCCGUGGAUACCUAUAUAGGAGGCAUUGAGCACGCAAUCCUCCAUUUGCUGUAUGCGAGAUUCGUUUACAAGUUCUUGGCGUCGACGUCAUUGAUGCCAGAAUAUACCGACGAGACAGCAUCCUCAGCAGAGCCAUUCAAGCGACUGAUUACGCAGGGCAUGGUACAUGGAAGAACAUUCAUUAACCCUGAAAAUGGCGUCUUCCUAAAGCCCGACGAAGUGGACUUGUCAGACCCAUCUUCACCCAAAAUCAUGGCGACUGGUGUUCCCGCCAAGGUGGCAUUUGAGAAGAUGUCCAAAUCCAAGCACAAUGGGGUUGAUCCUACCGAAUGCAUUGCCAAGUAUGGAGCAGAUGCAACGAGAGCCCACAUGAUCUUCCAAGCGCCCGUGGGAGAUAUUUUGAAUUGGGAUGAAGCCAAGAUCUCCGGGGUCACUCGCUGGUUGCAACGUUUGCAUGACCAGGUGGUGGCCGUCGCGACAGCUGAUGAAUCGAGGCCCGCCAAGGACCUGUUGGAGGAAAAGUUUGGUAGGGUUGGCUCCAUGAGCUCCGAGGAACUGACGCAGUGGGACGCAGAUGCAGCCUUGUGGCGAGAGGUGCAGCACACGAUUGCCUCUGUCACCCAGUCAUACGAUGAGGUCUAUUCUCUCAAUACAAUUGUGUCGGAUUUGAUGCGCCUCACCAAUACACUGGCAAGUUCGCAGGCUAAUGAGGCCAUCAAGAAGCAUGCAUGCAACAUUCUUACUCGGCUGGUGGCCCCUAUCACGCCUGCGUUUGCUGAUGAAUGCUGGAGCGUGUUGCAUCCUUCCAAGGGGCUUAUCUUUGAUACAUGCACCUUUCCCUCGCAGGACGGUACCUUGGACUCGGCCAUGCUUCAGCCUCGACAGCGAUCCUGCGCCGUGCAGAUUAAUGGAAAGAUGCGAGGUGUCGUCGACAUACCGACACCACCACCUGAGCUGCAAGGGGACGCGCUGAAAGACUGGGUAGUCAGGGAAAUCCUCAAAACCAAGCAAGGCAAGGAAAGAUUUGGGGAGGGGAAAUAUGAUUUAGCCAGGGCCAAGAGGGUGAUUGCUGUGCGAGGUGGCAAAGUAAUGAAUUUUGUCUUGUAA